UCUGGAGCUGCUCUGCACCCAUGCACCUGCUCUGUAGGCUGCAAACACAAGACGAGUGAUGCAUGUGAAGAAGAAAAAAGAGAAAAAGAAAGUCAGACAGGAAGAAGCCUGAGAGAUCACUGACAGCGGUGAAAGAGUUGAGUUUGAGCUAGUUGCCACAGGUUUGCUCAGCGCGAGGGCACGGGUGACAGAUGGUGAUGAGCACACGCUGAGCUUUAUCUCAUGCACACUUUAUUUCUGGGGUGGCCACUGGAUGAAGGCUGCAGGCACUGAGGAGUGGAAACCAAUGGAUGCCAUGUUGUACGGGUCGAUGCAGGCAGGACCAUCUCCUACGUAGAGGGCAGAGAGUCGGGCCCCGGGGUUGAUCCUCUCACUCUCACCCUACUGGAAAAGAGCAACCUGCAACUGGACGUAAACACACAUGUGCACAGCUGGAUGGACCUGUGCAGCGAGCAACAGCGGCGCUUUCUCUUCUGUCUUCAUCAUUCACUCUCCACAACAGAUUGUAAUAUCUGGCCGCGGCUCCUAUGAGAGCCAAAGGCUCGGGAAGGUUCAGCCACCCCAACUGUAGGGACUGAGAAUGACUUUUGUUGCUUCCACCUAGCUGGAUUUCUUUCACCGUUGUGCACAGCAGAAGCGUUUCCUACCAGCAUACAUACACCAGGAACUGGGACAGCACUCAACAGGAACUCUCGGCACCAUGCAGUCCGACGACCUCUUCAUCCGCAAGUUUCGCCGUCAGAAUGUGCGGCCGCCCGUCGCCACUGUCAACUUUGACAAGCGGGAGGCGGGCGUUGUGGAGUGGCCCCCCAGGAGGGAGGGCAACGCCACCGAGGCCGACAGCCUGACUCCCAGCCGCGCUGGGCUGACCCUGCGCUCCGUGGGCCGGGGCCACAUCAUGCAGAGGAGUAACAGCGACGUCACCUUAGGAGACUUGGACUCCUCGGCCAAGGCGGGGGGAAAGGUGGUCCGAGCGGCGGGGGAAAAGGCCGGCGCGGGGGGGCAGGGGGAGCCGGGCGUGCUGCUACACAGGGAGUACGGCAGCCUGUCGUCGCUGGAGAGGCAGAGCCAGGCCCAGGAGCACGGCGCGGAGCACCCGGGACCCCUGAGUCCCAACGCCCUGCGCUUCAAAGACCCUUUCCUGCUCCUAGGACUCCGGGACAACCCUCCGGAGCCCGAGGGCUUCUUCCGAGGUCUGUCCACUUCCACGGUGGACUCCCCAAAACCUGCAAAGCCACCCAAGCCUGAAGGUCUUGGUAAGAAAUCCAAAAGUACCCCUCCUCAGAUCCCCCAACAAGGUCCCUAUGACAACCUGGGAGGCGGCGCUUGGGUGAGGAACUUCGCCCACUACGAUGUUCAGAGCUUCCUGUUCGACCUCACCGAGGCGGCCACAAACAGAGACAGCAUCGGACGCAAAAAGAACAUCACCUCGGGGGCUUCGGCCGCCUCCCAGCUGCGGCCCCUCUCCCAGGCCAGCCCGGCUUCCCCCGCGCAGGGCGGGGGCGCCAACGGGGGCAACGGGGACGACUCGGAACAGUCGCUGCUGGACGAGGGAGACGGCAACGACAACGAGCUCCUGCUCAGCUGCCCCCACUUCCGCAACGAGACGGGGGGAGAGGAGCAGGUGGGUCUGGGCGGGUCCCCGGCCAGGCGGGGGCUCUGGUCCAGCCUGCGGACCCCCAACGAUGCCGUCUCCGUCCUGGAGGAGCCCAGGGAGAGCCACGUGCAGCCGCAGGGCAAGAGCAACUACUUCAUAGAGCACGCCGACCUGGGCGCCCAUUACUAUCGCAAGUACUUCUACAUGAAAGAACACCAGAACUUUUUCGGAAUGGAUGAUCGUCUCGGUCCGGUGGCCAUCAGCUUCCGACGAGACGAGAAAGAAGGAUCCAGUGGAGCUCAGUACAAUUACAGAAUCAUCUUUCGCACCACAGAGAUGAAAACGCUGCGAGGAUCCAUCCUGGAGGAGUCUGUGCCGUCGGCGGCGCGUCACACCACCCCCAGGGGCCUGUCCCCCAAGAGGCUGCUGGAGUUCAUCAUGCCGGAGCUCAACCUGCAGUGCCUUCGCUUGGCGUCCAACUCCCCGAAGGUCCGCGACACCCUGCUCAAGCUGGACGAACAGGGGCUGAACUUCCAGCGAAAGGUGGGCGUGAUGUACUGCCGGGCCGGGCAGAGCUCCGAGGAGGACAUGUACAACAACGAGAGCUCCGGGCCAGCGUUCGAGGAGUUUCUGGACCUGCUCGGGGAGCGGGUGCGGCUGAAGGGCUGGGAGAAAUACCGAGCUCAGCUGGAUAACAAGACUGACUCCACCGGGACGCAUUCCCUCUACACGCGCUACCAGGACUAUGAGAUCAUGUUCCAUGUGUCCACUAUGCUCCCCUACACGGCCAACAACACCCAACAGCUGCUGAGGAAGCGACACAUCGGUAACGACAUCGUGACGAUCGUGUUCCAGGAGCCGGGUGCCCUGCCCUUCACCCCAAAGUCCAUCCGCUCCCAUUUCCAGCACGUCUUCAUCAUCGUUCAGGUCCACGAGGCCUGCACUGACGACACCUACUACAGAGUGGCUGUGACACGCUCUAAAGACAUUCCGUUGUUCGGCCCCCUGUUCCCCAGGGGUGCGCGGUUCCCUCGCUCGCCCGCCUUCAGAGACUUCCUCCUGGCGAAGGCAGUCAAUGCUGAAAACGCAGCGGAGAAGUCGGAGAAGUUCCGCUCCAUGGCCACCCGCACGCGGCAGGAGUACCUGAAGGACCUGGCGGAGAAUUACGUGACCACCACCCCCAUUGACUCCUCCACCAAGUUCCCCCUGCUCUCUCUGGGAGGGAAGCGCAAGGACAAGCUGAAGGGCGCUAAAGGCGCGGAGCUGCACAGCGCCGGGGCGCUGGUGUGGGCCGGGAUGGUCAGCGGCCGGGGGGACUGGGACGCAGACGAGCAGAGGCUCCCCUGCCUGCUGGGGGUGUCGGCAGAGUCGGUGGUGCUCAUCGAGAGGUACACCCGCAGGGUGGUGUUCAACUGCUCCUGCAGGGACGUCAUCGGCUGGAAAGCUGUGACAGAGACUAAGGAAGGGGGGCCGUGUCUGGAUAUCUUCUACGAGCGAGGAGAGUCCGUGUCCAUCAGUGUGUUGGAGAAUCAGUCAGAGGACAUAAAAGAGGUGGUGCAAAGGCUCGAGCUGGUGACGAGGGGGUGCGAGGCCCUGGAGGUCACCCCCCUGCGGGACGGAGUGGGCCAGCCGGGCUUCCUGAUGAACGAGGAGGGCUUCGUGACGGACCUGCAGCGGUUCUGCUACGCCGAGAGCGGAGGCCUGCAGCUCUGGGCUCGCGUGGUGCGGCUGUGCGGACACUCGCUCGUCCACCUCACUCCCGACGAGAGGACCAAGCUGCUGCGCACCGCGCACAAGAUCCACAUCACCGUAAUCCCCCCAGACGAAAACGGCAAACCUCGCAGAAGUUUCUCUGAACUGUACCAGAAAGCCAUCAAGGAUGCCGAGUGCAAGCCUGGCGAGAACCAGUCGGGAGAGGCCUGGGUGCUGGACGAGAGGGAAGACGAGGACGAAGAGCAGCAGGCCGGAGAAGACGAGCUGAAGGCGGCCGGUGUGGGCGAGGUGGAGAGGAUGGAGGUGAUUGCAGAACCCGACAGGGGCGACACGCAGCCCUGUGAUAAAGGCCACAGUGAUGGGAGUCAGGGCUCGCUGGUCCCACCGCCCAGCUUACCUCUGCUGAGGGCCACGUCUCUGCAGGAGCACGCCGGCGACCAGAGCCAGGAGGGAAGCUCCUCCAAACUCACACGCAGCCUCUCGCUGGAAAAGCAGAUGUGCAACACGGAUACGUGUGACGGGCAUAUGUAUGACAACACCAGGUUGAAGGCAGAGCAGCACAUUUAUGAGAACGUGGGGGAGCUGAGGGACGCCACGCCUGACCUGAUCCUGGCCGUCAAACCCAAGCUUCCCCUGGAAGACGAGCAGUUCCUGGGUGCUGACUUUGGCGAUGACAGGGCGUCGGCGAGCGACUCCUCCCUCUCGUCUUCCCGGCUGGCAUGUUUAGACCGAGCUGAGAGAAACUCACGAGCCCUAAGUCUCCAUAACUCCAUCUCCAAGAUUCUCUCGGAGACCACAGAUACGACCGAAGAGGAGUGGCAGUCAAUCGCUGACCUGGCAACAGCCUGCCGCAGCAUCCUGGAGGCCUUGUCCCGAGAGGACCGCAAAGCUGGAGACUCUUCUCAAGCCGGAGCAGACCAGACUGACGGGAGACUGAGGGACUCAAAGGACAGCGACUCUCCCGGCCACCUAGAGGAGAAGGUAUCGCAGCUGGAGGCCAUGCUGAAGAAGCUGCAGGAUGACCUGCAAAAGGAGCAAGAGGACAAGGCGGUGCUGCAGGCCGAGGUGCAGAGCCUCCGGCAGAACAACCAGCGGCUGCAGGAGGAGUCGCAGACCACAGUGGCCCGCCUCAUCAAAGUCACCGAGCUGCUGUGCAACGUCAACAAGCCCUGUUAGCUUCACGGCUUCAUGCACGCACCCUAAAAACUGGCUUCUCCUGCUCAGCACCCUUCUCUAAUCCAUGUAUAGCUACAAAAGUAAAAACACACAGCACGGCCUCGGUCCUGAAGUGUGGAGCGCCUGCUGGUGACGGGGUGUGAAAAUCAGCACCUAAAAGAAAAAAAAAGAGAAUAAGACAUUAUCAGCACCCUAUGAUGACAUUCACAACUGACCAGAGCAAGCUGCUGUGUAUGAGUGUGUGUGUGUGUAGGUGUGUGUGUGUGAGAGAUGCUGUGAUCCUUGUCUGAAAUACUUGACAAGCUUGGCUUUGUAGCACUUAAGUAUAAGAAGUGGCAAUUAGGAGUGGGAGACACGGUAUAGCAUGCGUGGCAGUGUCUUGUGUGAUAUACAGGACUGUCUCAGAAAAUUUUGAAUAUUGUGAUAAAGUUCUUUAUUUUCUGUAAUGCAAUUAAAAAAACAAAAAUGCCAUACAUUCUGGA